AUGUCCGCCGAUCCAGAAGAUUGGAUGCUCGGGGAUCCCGACAUUGCAGAGUUCAAUCUACUCGCGUGUGCGAGUCUUUACAACGAACUGGUCGCAAAAGCCAGGGAUCUGGCACCGGCGAACUUCGCGGAUGGCGACCCAUUGCCCAUGCCAAAUUCGAUCAACCUCAUUCCUCACGAACGUCCAGACGAUGAGCUCCCAAGAGGGAAGUCACCCGCCCUGGAGCUAUUCCUCCAACAUUGUAUCGAAUCACAUUCAAAAGUUUGCCUUCUUCAUCUGCCACAAUAUGAGCCAGAAGGCGGCUUGUUCUUCGACCAACGUUCGAGUCGGGCAAGGAUCAUUGCCUUCCCUGGGCCUGAACGGGCUGAUGAUUACCAGGAUUGGUUGCCCUUGGAAACCAUUUUGAAGAAAUGGCUCAUGUGUUGGGAUCGAGGGCUGAUCACGUUAACCUACGACGAAGAAGAUCCCGGCGAUGAGUGGGGUCGCAGCGCCCUUCUCGGCUGGAACCACGAAAUGUACUACCGCGAUCACAUUCCGGAGACUUUUCGCGUAUGGGAGGAGUAUUUGGCUGCGAUAGAGGAGCGAGUGCCGGGCGAAGCAUUCGACACGACACCGGCACCGCCGCGGGAAAGACCCGCCAUGCGAAAAUCAUGCAGUGCCUCCACCACACUCGGGUCCGACCAUCAGCCAGACCAACCCAUGCCGGCAAAGCAAGACUUCCCCGAGGAAUGGUUCAUCCGUGCGCGGCAACCCGCCAGGCUGAAAUCCGGACGACCGCUCCGCAUCGCACCGGGCCUGAUCAUACCACCGGAUGCCAUGCGCGAAGCAAACCUCGACGACCCCGGUGACCACGAGAAAAUCAUCUUCCUCUCCGUCCACGACUCUUCCGGUCGCCUUCUCCCCGCCUGA